AUGAGCUACAUAGCCCUCGUACUCACGCACACAAACCUCUACUUUUCUGCACUUUAUGCUGAAACAGUCACGAACGGCAUAUACUCCGUGCUCUUUGUGCUAUGUUUGAUCAAACUUGCGCGCGACAAUAGCACGCCGCCACGCAAGGGCUUGAAAAUGCUGCUGCUCUGUCUGACUGUCAUCAUGUUCUGCGUCGGCACAGCGCAUUCCGCUAUAUUCCUACAACAGGCAUUAUCGUCAGCACAGGGCGUGAAAAGAGCAGACCCUCAAACCCAUGCGCGAUAUGAGUACACCAAAUUGUCGUUAGAGGUUGUGAAUUGCUUUCUUGGGGACCUAAUAAUCAUAUCGACCGCAUUGACUCUGGAAAAAGUCAUAGGGAAGACCAAGUCUCGCUCUCGCUCGCAUCUCGCCACGCUCUAUGCAGUUCCGACUCUACUUCUCGUCGCUUCCCUAGUCGCGGGCAUUGGAAUGGUCUGUACGUGUGGUGGCGCAGACGUCCUGUCCAGCAUCCUCAGUCCUGUCCAACGUGGUUGGCCUAGCGCUUGGAUAUCUCUGGUCUUGGCUACCAACUUGGUGUCAACCCUCGUUUUCGUCUAUGAAUUCGUCUCACGCUGCCUUAGGAAGGAACUCAAGGCCGAUAACAUGACUGUUAUUGGGGGAUCCCUCAAGGAGUUCUUCAUCACCCUGAUGUGUUCCGGUGCUCUCUAUUGCUGCACAUUCAUCGUGCUCCUAGUUCUCUUCAUGAUCGACUGCAAUGCCAGGUACAUUGUCAACCAUAUGAUACCUCAGCUCGCGGGUAUAUAUCCAACAGCUACUAUCGUUAUCGUCGCAUUUAGCACCAACGACCCUUCCAUACAACUCUCUCCUAUCAGCCGCUCAAUAAACAAACAGUCAUCGCGCCGGUUCCAUGAGGAUUUACCGCCCGUCAGUCCCACUAAACGCACCCGUUCUACACCACCAUCGAGCCCACACGGAGGAUCACGCAUGCUUUUGCCUCCCUUCAAGGGGCUGCUUACUCGAGCAUCAUGCUCACCUCGGCGCGCCUUCGAGUGGUGUAGGUCAAAGUUACGUGGCCCACAUCCCAUUUACCCCCGCAAGGAUUCUAGUAACUCCACGGCAACGUUGAAGGGCUCGGUUCGGGUGACUGUCGAUGUCGAGAGAAUUUACGACGAACCAUACGUGCCGAAAAGGACGACCUCUCUGCCCCUCCACGCCGACUUACGAGGCCUGAACGAUUACAAGUUGGAGACGUUCAAUGACGAGCGCACGAAACAGCGAUUGUCCAGACUCGCAGAUCCUGAUGAAGACGGAGUCUCACCGCUUGAAGCCUACAUCUGGGCUGAGGAGGGGCCCUAUCGCAGGUCGACUGACCAGGGAGGAGGAGAAUUUGAAUUCUUUUGGUGGAAGGGCAAUACCAGCAUGGAUACCGUGGCGUCGUUUCCUCGGGAGCACACCCACGGCGGCUCGAUGGCGGAGGCUGUUUAG